GAGCCCCGCGGGCGGCGGCGGUGAGGCGAGCCCCGCGGGCGGCGGCGGUGAGGCGAGCCCCGCGGGCGGCGGCGGUGAGGCUGCUGCGGCCCGUGAGGAGAGAUGUCGAGCAGGAGAAGCGUCGGGAACCCAGAGUAUUUAACCAGGCGCAUUCCUCAGAAUCCCAGAUACCAACACAUAAAAACCCGCCUCAAUACCGGAAGCAGUUUAACAAAGUACACUGAGAAGUUGGAAGAGAUCAAAAGAAAUUACAGGUACAAAAAGGAUGAGCUGUUUAAAAGGCUGAAAGUGACAACUUUUGCCCAGUUGGUCAUCCAGGUUGCCUCUUUAUCUGAUGAAACAUUAGAAGUGACAAAUGAAGAGAUCCAGAAGCUGGAAGAUGCUGAUUCUGCCUCUCCAGAUGCAGAAGUCACAGGAGGGACAAAUGGAAAAGGAAGCCCUGAUGGGACACCUAGUCCAGUCCUGUUCCUAAACAGCACAGGAGGCAGCGACUCCCAUCGGUCCACGCUGCAGAGUGUGAUAAGUGGUGUUGGUGAAAUGGAUAUAGAAAAAGAAGAUGCUCCAAAGAAAGUGGACACCCCAGCUAAAGACCUGCCCUAUCCUGACUGCCCCUUCCUGCUCUUGGACGUGCGAGACCGGGACGAGUACGACCAGUGUCACAUCAUUGGAGCACAUUCCUACCCCAUUGCAACACUGUCUAGAACCAUGAACCCCUACACAAAUAGUAUUCUGGAAUAUAAAAACGCCCAUGGGAAAAUAAUCAUUUUGUAUGACAAUGAUGAGAGAUUGGCCAGCCAAGCUGCCACAACCAUGUGUGAGAGGGGCUUUGAGAACUUGUUCAUGUUGUCUGGAGGCCUGAAGGUCCUUGCACAGAAGAUCCCUGAAGGCCUCAUCACUGGCUCGCUCCCCGUGUCCUGUCAGGUGACAGCUCCUCCUGGAUCUGCCCGAAGAAAGCCCUCCCUCAAAGUGUCACCCACACGUGCUGAGAACAAAUGGAGGUUUGCUGCAGAUGAUCUUCAGAAGAUCAAGUACUACCUGGAGGAGGAGCAUCUGCCUUCAGACGCUGCCAGCCGGCUUAGCCGUGGCUCCUCAGGCCGCGAUUCCAAGGCGACAAGCGCCAGGAGCAGCUCCAGCCUGCCUGCUGCCGCCGCAUCCCUCAGCACCCGCUCGCUCAGCAGGAGCAACCUCCAGCACAGGCCAUGGAAAUAAACAGAGCUCUCUUCUACUGGCUAAGUGUACGUGGAGCUUGUGGGAACCCCAAGCUGUGCAGCCCUUUUGUUCUAGGAUUCCACGGAGAAAAGCAGCUGUGGUUUAGAAGUGGCAGCUUGAGUAAGGUUGGGGGAGCUAAAGUGGUUGCUCCGUAGAACCAGGAAUGAUCUCUCUGGCAAGGCUGACCUUCGGGGGGAAACACCAGGACAACCUCAUUUUAUAGAAGGAAGAAACUGGUAGUAAAGCCUGGGAGCAGUAGAAACUGUGAAGCUUCUAGUUCAGACAGCUUUGUCUGUAACAUACUCCUUUGUUGUGUCCAAAACCACAGUCUGUGUGCAGGAGAAAACACAAGAAGGUAAAAACGGGGCCAGAAAUCACCUGGGAGCAAAAAUCUUGGUGUUCUGUAGCAGACAAUCAGCAACUUGCCAAAAUACUGGAGAGAGGAUUCCAUACCUUUGGUGGUGGUGGUUUUUUUUUUCUCUAGGGUUUUAUUUUUUGUUUGGGUGAUUUUUGGGGUGGGUUGGGAGGGUUUUUGUUUGAUUUUUUUUUUCAGUUGGUUUGUUUUGGUUUUGUUUUUUUUAUUAAUUUAUGUUAAUGAGGAGAAGUAUUUGUAAUAAAGAUGGUUUUUGGAAAUAGGGUCCAGUGUGGCACCACAAA